UAAGCCUUGUCCUUGGGGCUCAGGGACUCCCUGCUUCCCCCUUUGGAGAGGAGGCAGCUCCAGCCCCACACAGCUUAACCUCAGCCUUCCUGACUGAUCCCUGCUCCAGGCUCUGCUCCAGGAAUCCAGUAAGUCUUGGGUAUGCCCUCCCCUGGAGGAGACUGGGUGCGGGGUUCAGCGGCUCCUAAAGAGACUCUGCCAUCACAGGGUGCAGCUGGGACAGCCUGGCUCAGCCUGAGAGUGGGAAGACCCAUUGUGCACAUGAAAGCAGAAGGAGCUGGGAGUUUUCUGUGUGAGUGAGAAGAGGUGGAGCUUGGAGAGACUGGAUCCGUGUCCAGAGUCUUUAAUAUCCAAACGAUGUGAGAUUAUUCUUUUUCCGAGUUUCUGAUACGUGCACCGCUGCCGUCAGUCUCCUGUGGCCUGUCUGCCUCCCCAUCUGCUGGCUCCUCAGCUGGGAUUCGAAUGUCCACUGGGGACCGUUCUCUGGUGUUUUAGAUUCAGUUACCUUGGGGUUUGGUCCACUUCAUUGCUAAGUGAAGCUGGCUCUAUUGCUUAUCACUGCCAGCAAUUUUUAAAAGUUGUAGAAAAAUACACCUAACGUAGAUGUGCCAUCUUCACCAUUUUUAAGUGUAUGGUUUGGUAACAUUAGGUGUAGUGUUUAAGUAUAUUGUAUAUUACGUGUAUUUAAGUGUAUGCUGUGCAACCAACCUCCAGAGCACUCUUCAUCCUGUCAACCUGAGACCAGGCCCUCACUGACCAGCAAUGCCCCUUCUCCUCCUCACCCCUGACCCUGGCCAACCCCACCCUAACCUUCCACUUUCUGUCUCUGUGGAUUUGACUCCUCUUGGUACUUCACAGAAGUGGAAUCACACAGUCGUUGUCUGUGUGUGACUGGCGUUGGCCACUUCUCAUCACAUCCUGAAGCCUUCUCCAUGUGGCAGGAUGCAUCGGAAUUUCUCAUCUUUUAAGGCUGUGUGUGUAUAGAUCACGUUGUGUGUAUCCAUUCCUUCACGGAUGGGCAAGUGUGAUGCUUCCAGCGUUCAGCUCCUGUGAAUAAUGCUGCUAGGAACGUGGGUGUCCACAUAGCUCUUGGAGACCCUAUUUUCUGUUCUUUUGGGUAUAUGCUCAGAGGUGUAAUUGCCGGAUCAUAUCAUAAUUCCAUUUUAAUUUUUGAAGAAACCACCCCGCUCUAUCUAUAGCAGCUGUGCCAUUUUACCCGUGCACAAGGGUUCAUCAGUUCUAUUUGAACAAGAAGAAAACAGAGGCCCAGAGAAGUAAAGGCUUGUUCAAAAGCAAAUGGGCCCUGGUGGUGUCAAGACUCUAGGCAUUCCUGUGUGCUUCAGCGGUUUCAUGAUCUGGCAUGUCCCCUGCUGUAGCUCUGAUUACAGCUGUGGUGUGGAUUCAGUCCCUGGCCCUGGAGCCUCCCCAUGUCUCAGGCAAGGCCAAAAAGAAAAAGAUGCCAGUCAAAGUUUCCUAGCUCUUUGAAUGCUUACUCUAAGCAAAAACGCUACACUUGGACUUUUCAAAGUCUUGGGCACAAGCCCCCAGAUGGAAACGUGGGUCAGCCCAGCCCUGCAGAGCUGUGUGUAGUGAGGAGACGCUCCAUGUCCCAAAGGAGGCGAAAACAGAGUCCUGUCAUUUCUGAUUCAGAAGGGCGUAGCCUCCUCAAUAUGUCCAGGAUGCUGUGUCAGUCAAUUUGCCUAUUUGGUCAGAAGCUGGUCCGCAGGAGGUCACUGGAGCCUAGGGAUGGGUCUGAGGGUCGAAUGGCUCGUUGUCUGAACACCCUUGACCUCGUGUCCUUGGGUGUGGGCAACACCCUGGGGGCUGGCGUGUACAUCCUGGCUGGUGCAGUGGCCAGGGACAUAGCUGGACCAUCGAUCGUCCUCUGCUUCCUGGUGGCCGCCCUGUCUUCGGUGUUGUCUGGGCUCUGCUAUGCGGAGUUUGGGGCCCGGGUACCACGCUCCGGUUCUGCGUAUCUCUACAGCUACGUGACAGUGGGACAACUGUGUGCCUUCAUCACUGGCUGGAACCUCAUACUCUCCUAUGUCAUCAUUGCUGCCAGCGUGGCCAGGGCCUGGAGCUCCGCCUUCGACAGCCUGAUCGGGAGCCACAUCUCACAGGUGUUCAAGGAAACUUUCUCCCUGCAUGUGCCCCACUUCCUGGCCAAGUACCCAGACUUUUUUGCCCUGAGCCUGGUGCUGCUGCUCAUGGGAGUACUGGUUCUGGGAGUUCAUGAGUCAGCCCUGGUUAACAAAAUGUUCACAGCCAUCAACCUCUUGGUGCUCAGCUUCAUCAUCCUCGCUGGCUUCAUUAAGGGAGACCUGCACAACUGGCAGCUCACAGAACAGGACUACAAACUGGCCCCAGCUGGAUCCAAUGACACCUCUAGGCUGGGCCCUCUGGGUUCUGGAGGGUUUGCGCCUUUUGGCUUUGGCGGGAUUCUCCGAGGAGCAGCCACGUGUUUCUACGGGUUCAUUGGUUUUGAUAUCAUUGCCACUGCAGGGGAAGAAGCUGUAAAUCCUCAGCGUUCCAUCCCCUUGGGCAUCGUGAUCUCACUCUUCGUCUGCUUUUUGGCCUAUUUUGGGGUCUCCGCAUCACUCACCCUCAUGCUGCCCUAUUAUCAGAUUCAUCCUGACAGCCCCCUGCCCCAGGCUUUUCUCCAGGUUGGGUGGGCCCCCGCUGGAUACAUUGUGGCUGUUGGCACCCUCUGUGGUCUUCUAUGUAGCCUCCUGGGUGCCAUGUUCUCUAUGUCUCGAGUGACCUUUGCCAUGGCAGAUGAUGGGCUCCUUUUCUGGGGACUUGCCUGGCUCCACGCCCGCACACGCACCCCUCUGGUGGCCAUCGUGGCUUCUGGAACUCUUGCAGGGGUCAUGGCCUUACUUUUCAAGUUCAGUGACCUGGUGGACCUCAUGUGCACAGGGACCCUGCUUGCUUACUCCCUGGUGGUUUUUUCUGUCCUUGUCCUCAGAUACCAGCCAGAACACAAUAUAAGCAAGAAUGACAGAACACAGGACACAACUGAAGGGGAUCCUGAAGUGAUAGCAAGUCCUUUGGAAUUUGUACCUGAAGGGAUAAUCUCGAAGACUCUAAAGUGUCUGUGUGACCCUCUCAGCACCACCCCCACUCUGAAAUCUGGCCAGAUUGUCUAUGGAUGUGCCUUCCUGCUAGUAUUUCUAUUGACCAUCCUGAGCCUGCUUCUGGCCCAGUGGCCCAGCCACGUGUUCUCUGGAGACCCCGGGUUCACAGCAGGGGCUGUGCUGCUGCUGCUGCUCAUUGCGGGGAUCACCGUCAUCAUUUGGAGGCAGCCCCAGAACCCCUCUCCACUUCCCUUCAAGGUCCCUGCUCUGCCCGUGCUCCCAGUGCUGAGCAUCUUUGUGAAUGUCUACCUGAUGAUGCAGAUGUCCUCUGUGACCUGGGCCCAGUUUGGCAUCUGGAAUGCCAUUGGAUUUGCCAUAUACUUUGGAUAUGGGAUCCGACACAGCCCGGAGAAGAAGAGGGAUCCACAGCCACCAGCCUCCACCUCCCAGAGUCUGGGUGAACACACCCCUGGUGCUGAAUCCUCUUAACCACAGGAAGUAAAUGCUGUGUGGUUCCCUCUAUUCCUGGGAGGUAUCUCCUUGUUCAAGGGACAUUUUGAGCCUCCGUGGAGGAUGCAGGCAGGAGGCAUUUAGAGCCCUGUAUUUAUUGCCAGUGGACACAAUGACUUUACCCUAUAAUGUCUACUAACCUUUAAAAAGCAUAGUGUACAUACAGAAAAGUGCCUGCUUCCUAAGUGUGAAGCAAGAUGAACUUUCCGAAGAAAAUGCAGCCGUGUCACCAGCAACCAGGGGAAGAAACACAACACUAACCUGCAUGAAAGAGGUGCUCUCUUGGAGUUCCCGUCGUGGCUCAGUGGUUAAAAAGUCCAAUU